AUGCAGGUUUUGAGAGUCUAUGUUCCUAGUUACGAGAGCAAUGGGCGAAUGUGGCCGCACAUCCACACGAGGGUCAUUGCGGCUCUAAUGAUUUACCAGGCCACCAUGAUUGGUGUCAUCAUACUGAAACUUUUCUUCUAUUCGGCUAUCCUUUUCCCGCUCAUCCCAAUAAGUUUAAUCUUCGCCUACACUUGCCACACACGCUUCUAUCCUGCAUUUGCCAAAACCCCUCUUGAGGUGGCAAGCCAGGAGCUCAAAGAGACACCGAACAUGGGUGCCAUCUACAGUGCAUACAUCCCUCUUUGCCUGAAGCCUGAAAAGCUCGAAGAUGUGGACGUAUUCGAAGAUGCUCAAUCGCGCACUACCUCGAGAGCACCAUCCUUUUAA